GGUUAGGGCCGGUCCCUGAACGCAGCGCGGGCGGUAGCUGCUCGUCGCUCGGGAUCAACCCACCUCGCUGCGGCGCUGCCCGGGUACACUGGCGCCUCGCUGCCCCCUCCGACACACACCACUGACACGGUUUUAGCGGAAAAUACACAGCACAGCCCCGCAGCCAUGGCGUCCGAGGUGAAGGUGGAACCGGCGGACAGCGAACAGGACGAAGAGGAGGACGUGUACGAGGUGGAGCGGAUCAUUGACAUGCGGCUGGAGGAGGGUGAAGUGCUCUACAGAGUCCGCUGGAAGAAUUACUGCUCCGACGAUGACACUUGGGAGCCAGAGGCUCAUUUAGAGGACUGUCGAGAAGUCCUCUUAGCCUAUAAGAAGGCCACGGUAGAAGCUAAGGCCAAGAAAGAAGCAGAAGCCAAGAAGAGCGUGGUAAGUCUAAGUGACAUUCAGAAACUUCCUUCAAAGAGCGACGUGUUUGAUGCAGACUCAGAGAGUGACAGCGACAAAGACCGCCCGGUUCAGAUGCCCAUCAAGAAGAAGAAAAAGAAAAAGAUCCGGGAAGAAGAUGAAUUGCCUAUGAAAGACAAAAAGAAGAAGAAAGACAAACGAAAGGAUGAGGUGAGGCCUCUGCCUGCUCCAGAGACAGAGGAAGAAGAAGAAGAGGCAGAGAGGGCCUCUACUCCAACUUCACCUUCCAAGGAGAAAAGGGCUGAUUCAAAAAAGCGUCUGCUUGACUCUGAAGAGGAUGACGAUGAGCUUGUCCCCUCCAAAAAACACAAGAAGGAAAAGGGAAAAGACGGAGUAAAGCACAAGAAAGAAAAAGUAGAGGAGGGGAAGAAAAAGAAAGCGAAGAAGGAUCGAAAGAUUGAAACCUCUGACGAGGAGGCAGCUGCUCCUCUGGAAGAUGACCUGAGUGAUGGCCCAUCAGAGUCCCAACUGGACGACAAUACAUCAAGAGAGAAUGUAACGAAGUCGGCUGAAAAGUUACGUUUGGACGACAAGUCGAAACUGAAGAAGGGAAAGUGGGAAGUAAAGCUUCAGGGCAUAAAGGACCUUGUCCAUGACAAAAAGAGCAAAAAGCCAGACGGCGUUCUGAAAGAGAGCAGCCUCCAAAAACUGAAGGGCCUCACCUCAAAAAGCAAGGAGGACAAUGCCCCACACUCCGACUCAAGUGAUAGCUCCACCCUGCAUAAGAAAGUGAAAACCAAAGGGCAGGAGAGCACGUCUACGACACUUAAAGCCCAGUCUUCCUCCACAUCGUCGUCGUCCUCAUCUUCUGUUUCAUUAGCCGCCAGCACCAAGGUCAAGGAGGACGAUGUGGCUAAAGAGGAGUUAUUGGGACAGAAGGACCCCACAGGCUCCACUAACCUGUUUGAGAAGUUCCUGUUAAACUGUGAGGCCAAGGAUCGUGCCCCUCGCCGGCAGCCAUCUCAUCAGCCUCCUGUAGAGAAGAACAGUGUCAAACUAACAAAGCUACUAGGAAAACUGGAGAAGAUCACCAAGCCAAGCAAAGAGUCUCCAGCUCAGAAACCAGAUGCUGAGAAGACAGAGAGGACUAAGCAAUCAGAUGGGUCCAAACCAGGCCAGAGUUAUGGCUUCAACCUGGACAGCGAUGAGAGGGAAGGAGAAGAAAGUACUGCAAAGCCGAGGAUAGGGGAGGAUUCUCGGGAGCGGAGGGAUAGGCCAGAGGAGCCACAACGGCCUAGUUGGGAAAGGAGAUCUUCAACAGAUGAGAAGAGAAAGAGGAGAGAGGACAGUGAGCCGAGACGCCUCGUGACUGAUGACCAUAAGGACUCCCAGGAGCCGCCAGAAGACAAGGGCCAAGCCACACUAAGUCUUGGAAUGGACCUCAAUCUGGACUGGAUGACUCUGGAUGACUUCCAGAAACAUCUAAAUGGAGAGGAUGAGAUCCUGUCAGGUCCACCAUUAACACCCAGUGAGCUGCGGGAUGCUGUGAAAUGUGGAGAUUACAUGGCUGUGAAAUUGGCACUUAAUUCCAAGGAGGACUACAAUCUAGACCAAGAGGCAUGUACAAUUGGUGAGAAGAGGUCAUUUGAAGGAGAGAGGAGCUUGAUUGAAGAGAGAAGUACGAAUGAUGCUCUUAGGUUGACUGCUAACCUUGACAGUGCAAGAAAUGAAGAGGGUUCUCCAAGCAUUAAAGAGAACAUACUACAAGUUUUGGAUUGUCCAAAAGAUGUCGAAGAAAUGUUAUGCAGCCCGGCCUUUACAAACACAGAGCAAGUGACAAUGAGGGAACAUGAAAACAUCCUAAAAGGUGGGAACGAUAUAACUGAGUUCAAAAAUAAUGAUUGUGAUUCAAUCAUUGAGCAGAAAAGUGACGUAAAGAAAGACCAGAGGCAAGCAGAAGAAGAUGAGAUGUUUGAUGACACGAAAGGUGGUUCAUCAAAUGAAAUGAGUUUGGAUGCGGUAUGGAUGCUGACAAGGGAUGAUGAAAAAACAGUAAUAAAGGACAUAGCUGACAAACAAUGGUCCCCUCAGGAAGCAAAUGACUCAAAUGAUGAGGCAGAGGAUGUGGUGGCAGGUCAGUCCGAUUGUACAGAUCAAGCUCAAUCUGAGAUGGACACAAAGGAGAUUGUAAAAAGGCGAUCACGGCGCUGUGGGAAAACUUGGGAGAAGAAAGAACCAACACGAUCAAGUCUAAGGACCUGUAAGAAAGUGCUUGGAGCAACACCUUGCACUGUAGAGGAGAAAAAAGAGCCAUCGAAGAAGCAUUUCUGUUUAUAUUGCAAAAUGGCUUACACCCAACUCGCAAAGCAUUUGGAGAAGAAGCAUGCUGAGGAAACAGAUGUUGCCCACGCAAUACACUUUCCCAAAGGUUCCAAAGUGAGGCAGACUUUGCUUGACCAAAUUCGCAAUAAAGGAGAUUAUGAGCAUAAUUGCCAUGUUGUCAAAAGUGGCGAAGGGGAAAUCUUGUCCAAGAAACAGGUGAAAAAUCCCACCAUAUCUGUUCGUGACUUCCUGCCCUGCCAGCACUGCUUUGCUUUUUACCGCAAAACUGAUUUAUGGAGACAUGAGCGGUCAUGUAAGGCCAGAAAAGGAGAUCAGAAAUCCUCUGACAGGACAAAUAAAGUCACCAGUACUGCCCCUCAGCUGCUUCCAAUGUCAGAGUUCUUAAUUGGAGGCUGCGAGGAAAUCAUCCAUAUCAUGCAUCAAGAUGACAUCUCAAGGCAUAUAAGAAAUGACCCACUUAUUUGUAAAUAUGGCAAUGCAUUGUCUGUUAAGUAUGAACAUGACAAGUCUCAGUUUGCAUAUAUUGCACAAAAGAUGAGGGAACUGGGUAGAUUUGUGCUAGCUGUAAAUGAGCUUGACAACAGUGUGAGGUAUUUGCAUGAAUUAUGUCUACCAUCCAAAUUCGCAUUGGCAGUUGAAGGGGCCAAAAGAGCUAGUGGUUUUGAUCCCAGUUCCAGUAAGUUCAAAACGGUCUCCCUUGUAUCAAAAAUCGGCUACUCUUUGAAAAGAGCUGCAGAAAUAGCUUUUGGGGAAAGUCGCAUGACAGAGGACAGUGACACUGAAAGUGAAGUGAAAAAGUUCAUACAGCUUCUUGAUACAAAAUGGAGUGAGUGUUUUUCUCGCAAAGCUCUUGCAUUGUCUUUAAAACAAGACGUGAAAAAAGUUGAAGUGGACAAAUCAACUGUGACAGAAGAUUUAAUGAAACUACAUAGGUUUAUCGCUGGGGAGGAAGAUGAAGCCAGGGAGGAGCUGAAAGAAAGUCCUUCUAUGUCAACAUGGAAAAAGCUCAGUGAGGCCACUCUGGCAGAUGUUUGUCUGUUCAACAGAGGAAGGGUAGGGAAUAUUGGUAGAAUGCUUUUGCAAACUUACACUUGCAAAAAGAGUACUGGAACAUUUCUGCCCUCUGCUGAUCAGAUAAGGAAAAGCACAAAAUUGGAGUUGGACCUAGGUGCCUUUUUUACAAGGUUGGAACUAGAAGGUCAGUAUGGAAGAAACAUGCUGGUUCUGUUAACAGAAAGGAUGGUUUUGUCAAUUGACUUGCUCAUUGAAAAUCGACACCAAGCAGGUGUGUCAAAAACAAAUCCAUACCUGUUUGCCAGGACUGAAGGUCCGUCCUUCAUCAGAGGAUUGGACUGUUUUCGGAGGGCUGCGGUGGAAUGUGGAGUUAGAAACCCAGAGGCACUUCUGUCCUCAUCAUUAAGAGAGCAAAUUGCCAGCUGCUGGCAGCUAAUGAGCCUGAAUGAACGUGAAUUGGACCAAGUUGCCAAGCUGGUGGGAAAGAGCAGCGAGGAGUGUUACAUGCUCUCAAGAAAUGCAUUGCAGCUGGAGGAAGUGAGCAAACAACUGCUCAAGAUGGAUCGCACACUGCCAUCCACAAGUCCACCUACCACUACAAGAGAUGGAACCUCAUCAAAGCCAGCUUUAAAGAGAAGACCUUGGAGCGAGGAGGAGCAAGCUGCAGUGAAGCGAUACUUAAGUGAUUUUAUCACAACAAUGAAGGUUCCAGGCAAAAAACAAUGCAAUGCUUGCAUAGCUGCUGAACCAGAUCUUCGUGGAAGAUCUUGGACAGACGUCAAAAACUAUGUACACAACACACUACAGACAGUCCGCAGGAGAAAUAACCAGCAGAAGUCUGAAGGGAACGUUAACAUUUUGAAUCCAAAGAGUCCUAAAGCUGGAGGCCAAACCACAAAGAACGAUUUGGAAGAUGCAAAUGUUGUCUGUACAAUGACAACAGUGCACCCAGAUCACUUGACAGGAAGUUCAGACUAUUGUAUGACGAUGGCUCCACCAAUAAACUUGAGAGAAUCAUCCACACCAUUCCCCCAAGAGAUGAUUUCAACUUAUGCAUCCUUUAGUUCCACUACUACAAACAUGGUCCAUACAAGUCAAUCGUUGAUGUCAACCUUCACACCAUUGAAUGCUACUGAUACACAAGUAGUUCCCACAUUUACGCCACUCAACACUACAAAUGUACUUAUCUCUCCUGCAUACACUUCAGAGAACAACCACAUUCUUCCACUAUCUUCAUAUACACAGAAUGCAGCAAUUUUGCAACCCUCUUCUGUGUACUCCAUACAUGACACUACAAGUUCAGCAAUGAUUCCUACUUUUAGUCCGCUAAAUGCUCCAAGUACCUCAAUGGUCCCUACGUUCACAUCAUUAAAUACCUCAAGCCCACCUAUGAUUCCUGUUUAUUCCCCACUCGAUGACAGUAGUCCUAUUGUUUCUUCCUUCACACCUCUGAACCAUUCAGGUACACCAUCUUACCCCACAGACCCACCUAGGGCCCCUACAACUGCACAGGUUGUACCAACAAUUCUUGGACACACUGUUCUCGAUACAGCACCAGUGGUACAGGAAGGUGCACCCAUGUCUACUACAGUAAGACAAACCAAUACUGGUGAGAAACCUCAAAAGAGAAACAAGAGGUUGUGGAGCGAGGAGGAACAGGCAGCAGUGAGGCGUCAGUUUGGAGACUUCUGUAAACUGGUCAAAGUGCCAGGCAAAAAGGAUUGCGAUGCAUGUUUAGCUGCUGAACCUGCCUUGAACAGCAGGACAUGGAGGGAAGUUAAAUAUUUUGUACAUAACUCAAUUCAGUCGAUGAAAAGAAGAGGGCAUGCUGUUGCCUCCAAGCAAAGUGGAGGACAAGAACCAGAGACUCAUAAUUUGAACGCAGAUUGGGAUGGUCCUGUUUAUCUGUCCCUGUAACUUUUUGUAACGGACAUGCUACAAAACAAUUGGUGAUCUGUGACACUUUGGAGUUAUACGAGCACUGUGGCUUUAACCUCAUAUGGGGCUUAACAUUUGAGCAGAUGUGGAUUGUUGUAAAAAAAAUGUCAUGUCAGUGAACCUCGAACCUUUCCAGACUGUCCUGCCAUUCUUUAAACCACACCUUUGGAAAAAGAACAAGAUUUUGGUGGACUGUUGCAUGAAUAUACACUAAAUGGGUGGAAUUAAGGACAUUUGUAUCGUACCUUUGGCUCAGAAAAAAAGCUAAUAUUAUUGUUUGAUAUGUUCAGAUUGCCUAUACAUAUGUAACACAGUCAAUUAUAUAACGGUGUCAAUUUGUCAGUUCAUCACAGGUUAUCAUUAGGACGUGUUCUAAUUUAGAGAUUGGAUCAUUUAGUGAAUGGUAAUCUAAUUUUGCCAGGAUUUGCAACCUGCCGCCUGUACAAGUAGCCACUGUUGCACCUGAUCACACAUUUCAAACGAUGAUAAUCAUGAAAACAGUGACAGCAACCAGGGCCUUUCUCACCCUGCACUGAGCAAAGCUGGUCUCAGUGAGUACACUCCCAGAGGAAUUUCUACCCUUGUUUACUUUAAAACUUAACAUACACAUCAAUCUCUCUGCCCUCACUAAGUAGAAUUUGGGUGAAUUACGAUGAUCAAAACCUACCAGCACAGUUUUGCAGCCAAUCCCUCCAAAACCAUAGAUGUGUGUUGACUUGCUUUCCUGAAUGCCUGAUCCAAGUGUACUAUAUUCUUGCUUUAGCCAGUAGCCUAUAUUGUAGAUGGCCCCUGAUAGCCUGCAGCAGUAAUGACAUACUUUCCUUGUGGAUGUUAGUGAAUUAGGAGCUCAGUGUUUAUACCUCGCACUUAAAUAUUACAGUUUUCUGAGGAUCCUGUUGAUAAAUGUUUCCAUUUUUAUUUUUUGUUCAUGUUUAUUAGAUUAUAAGCUACAAAUAAGUUUGGUUUUAUUUUUGUAUUGCUAUACAGUAACUGUAUAGAACAUGUUAGUACUUAUUGAUGUUUGAUGUACUCUAAUUUAAGAUAAUACACUACAUUGGUCUAUUUUGUUUUACAUUCUUUUAAUCUUUUAUUAUUUGUAUGUUUGUGACAUUAAUAUCCAGUUGCCAUGAUCAGAUUGCCUUAUUUUGAUUAUUUGCUGGAUUACACUUUUUGUAUUAAUGUUGAUUGCAUCUAGCACACAAUAUCAAUAAUUGUUUUAAGGGUUAAAAAAUGCGAACCACCAUAUUUGGUAAACUUGCAUUUAAAGAUUGUUUUUACAGAAGUGAAGCAGCAUUACAAUUCCAAAAUUUAAGAAUGAAAACUAGAUAAAAAUGAAAAUGUUAUUUUGUUAUUGCAAAAGUUAAAUCACAUUUUCAGAUAAAAAAAAUGUUUGAUAUAAAUUGGUCAAAUCACACAUGCGACAGAACAGAAGGUAACUAAAUUCAUAUUUUACUAGUUUUUUAUCUUAAACUAAAAAAGCAGUUUAAUAAUUCAAAACAAACUGCACAAUUAAUUUUAUGUGGAACUUAGAUUAUAUAUUAUACCUUACAAACCUUGUUGAAGGUUAAAAACAAAAUAUAGCAGAGGUACAACCUGCAUUUACUAAAAGUAGAUGGGUGCUUUGUUUUAGUCUCCUUUCAGUUUCCAAAAUUGGCCACUGCAGUGUUAUUUUCAAGCAGAGCUGUUGUUCAGUUAGGCCAGUUGACUUUGUAGUUUCUUUUGUUAGGACACAAAAAAGGAAUAUUCAUCUUAGUGAUCAAAAUGAGCAGACAGCACUGCUGCCAUUUGUCAAGGACGAAGGUUUUUGUGUUAUCCUCAGUAGCAGCUAUAGAGUAAACAAUGUCCACACUUUUCAUGCUAAAUGCAUUAAUGCAGACACUGGUCAGUGAACUGAUCACCAAUGGCAAACAGGUUUUUCCUGUGUCAUGACAGGAAUAUAUCAGUAUUGCAGAUUAUACAUCACUUAAAGUUGCAGUCCAGAUACAUUUGUGUUUGGAAAAUGAUUCUGUUGAAGGUCACCAGUGCUGUUUGAUGUUGCAAAGCAAGGUUUUGCUUUUCUUUUAUAGCAGAUAUCCUUUUUUUUUUAUUAUUACUGUUGUAUACAGAGUGCGUAUUACUCUUCAUCCUGCUGUAACUAUGUUGCCUCAGUUAAUCCUUCUUAUCAAGUAUUGUAAGGAACUUCUGCUUGGACAAUAAAAUGUUCCUUGGCUUAAAAUUUCAAGUUUUUCAUAUGAAAGAGACAAUUUGAUCUCAUUCCCCAGACUUUUUGGAAUAUGAAAGCAUAAGUUAAAGCAUAGUAGAUUUUAUUUGCAAAUAUAGUAUUGAUUUGACUAAAGAGUCUGCCGUGUUGCUAGCAGCUCUCAGAAUGUGGUUAAAAAUACAAAUGACUGCAGGCCAGCAUUGCAUGUUUAGCAUGUAUGUUCAGCAUUUUAGUUUUGCUAUUUAUUAAAAUCAAUAUGUGGCACUCACUGUUGAUACUUAGCAAGCUGCCACAAAUAAAGCUCCCACAAAUAAAUCAACAAAAUACUGAAAA